AUGAAAAAGAGACAAACCACAAAACCGACUCAGAAUUUUUCUAAAACAAAACAAAUUAAAUCAUUAACGAUUCUGAAGAAGAGACAAAGUGUUUUAGAUUUCUGUCAAAAACAGCCAGGAGUUAUUAAAUGUAAUAUUUGUCAUCUUGAAUAUCAAAGUACUAUUGAAGAUGAUAUAAAAACACAUGAAAAAUAUCAUAAAGAAUUUCUUCUUCCACCAAAAUUAAAAAUAAAAAGUAAUGAAUAUAACAUUAUUCAACAAGAAGGAAAUUAUAAAUAUAUCAAAUUUCAAUGGAAUUCAAGAAUUAAUAAAGAAAUACAAAUUAUUAAUGAAAGAAUAAAUGAAGACAUUGAAAUGGAUUUAAAUUAUCUAAAAUCAAAUAAUUUUAAUUAUAUUUGUUGUAUAGAAAAUAAUAGAAUUAUUGGAAUUGUUAUUACAAGAAUAUUAAAUAAAACACAUAACAUUUAUCAAUGUAAUUGUAAUGAAUACGAUGACAUUAAAUUAAUUGAACAAAAUAAAACAAAUGCAACACUUGGAAUAGAAGUAUUAUGGGUUCAUAAGACUUCAAGAAGAAAAAAGGUUGCAUCUCAUUUGUUAGAAUUAACAAAAAUUUAUAAUACUUAUGGAACUAUUUAUCAUCUUAAUGAUAUUGCUAUCUCUCAACCUACUCAUGACGGAUUUUCUUUUUUUAAUAAAUUUUUUAAUAAUUCUUUGAAAAUAAUUCUUCCAAAUUAA